AGUAAACAAUAAUAAUUUACUUGCAAACGUAAUAUUUUUGGAAAAAUGAAUAUUAGUAAUUUUUUCUUUUAAAUAUAAUAUAAUAAAAUAUGUUAAUUAUAAAAUUGUACAUUCAAGUAGAGUGAGGUGGUGUUUUAUUUAAAUUUGUUCUUUCCACGGAAUGGAUCCUGUCUUCUGAAUGGAUACUUUUAAUUGGUAUCUAGAGAAAACUUCAACAUUACAACAAAUCAAACCUGUAGGUUUAUAUGACCUUUCAAAUUUACAGUUGAGAUUUUUGUGCCCACAAGAUAUCAAUGAAGUAAACGCUUUGUGUGUUGAUUGUUUUCCCGUGGAAUACCCUAGAUCGUGGUAUGAAGAUAUAACAUCAAAUCCUAAGUUUUAUUCUUUAGCUGCUAUACAUAAAUCUACUAUUGUUGGCAUCAUAGUAGCUGAAAUCAAACUUUAUAUAAAAUUAACUCCCAAGGAAAGAGAAGUAGUUUCGCCAUCAGCAGGAAAAUUUACUCAAGUUGGAUAUAUCUUGAGUUUAGGUGUUACUAAAGCGUAUAGGCGUAAUGGCAUAGCGUCAUUGUUGUUAGAUAAUCUUGUAUCACAUUUGACUUCUGCAGAAUCUCAAAACUGUAAGGCAAUUUUUUUACAUGUACUUUCCAGCAACUCGUCUGCAAUUUCCUUUUAUGAGAGGAAGAGUUUCAGGUUACAUUCAUUUCAUCCUUAUUAUUAUAUGAUUAAUGGAAUUAACAAAGAUGGGUUUGCAUAUGUGCUAUAUAUUAAUGGAGGACAUCAGCAAUGGAUGAUCUUUGAUGUAUUGAAGUAUAUUUAUACUACAGUUUGUGAAUUUGGCGUUGUCAGAUGGACAAUUAGCAAAGCUCGAAAAGCUGCCAGACGAUUUUGGCCAAGAAUUAGGCGAAUUGCUUCCCAGAAUACCAGUACUAUUAUGAUUGAUUGUAGCUGAGAUAUAUUAAUUUAAUAUAAAUAUUCCAAAUUUCA